CUCCGCACUGCCGCCAGCCAGCAUCUCCUUCCUCUCCACCAAAUUACAUCUCAAUCGCAACGACAAUUGACCACCCACCCGUCGACAACCACCAAUCUCUUACCGAAGAAUCAAGAAUAAAAAUGCCCACCCCAGAAUCCGCCGCCUUCCUGGCCAAGAAGCCCACGGUGGCCCCGACCUACGACGGCGUCGACUACGAGGACAACGUCGCCCUGCACAACGCCCGCGACGCCAUCAUCCGCGAGCAGUGGGUGCGCAGCAUGAUGUCGCGAUUGGUCGGCGAGGAACUGGGCAAGUGCUAUGCGCGCGAGGGCGUCAAUCACCUCGAGAAGUGUGGGGUUCUGAGGGAAAAAUACUUCGAGCUCCUCGGUGAGCGCAAGAUCAAGGGUUAUCUCUUCCAGGAGAAGAACCACUUCUCGCAGGAGAAGUCCGCUUAAGUUACUUCUGUGAUAUGAGCUGGAGGGGACGGGAGGGGGUUUUCGUUUCCUGGUGAUUGGGGUAGAGAGUGGUGUUUAUACUAUAUCAUCUUUUUAUGGUUGUACUACAUGUUUUUUUGUCCCCUUUUUUCCUUUAUUGUGUGUCUGUCUGUCUGCUUUAGCUAUGCUACCUACCUAUCUACACACCUGCCUCUGCUAUGCAUGGCGAUGGGCCUGGGUGGAAAAUUCGAUAUCGAGGAUUUUUUAGAGAUGCAGUG